AUGGCUUGUGUUGCUGUAAAUUCUCUUGUGAGGACGAUUGAGCUUGAGUUCUUGCAGCCUCUGCCUCGCCCAAUCGUACGACAAAACCAACUCAUCCCUGCCAAUGAAAACUUGAUCCAAAAUCUCCACCAGAAGCUUGGUGAUCUUAUAGAGCUGUUCGACGAGAACAGGAUGGAUGGUAUCCAAGCUAUUAAAGACUUGGAAAUUAAGCUUAGAGAUGUGGCUUUCCGAGUGGAAGAUGAAAUUGAAUUACAAAUCGUACAUCUUUAUCAGGAAGAGGAAGAUGAAGAGUUACUUGCAGGAAUAGCAGGUCUUUUUAUGGAAAAACCACAGAGGACUAUUGAUGCAGAAGAAGAAGAAGAAGACGACUUGGGAAUUGCUGCAGAUCUUUUUGUGGAAAAACAACAAGGAGAAACUUGGCAUUCUUUCAAACUUGGUUGUAUUUUGGAAGGAGCAAUAAGAGACAUUGAUGCCAUACAGAAAGAGUUGUCCAAAGUGAAGAUGGAGUGUGUCACAGCUGCCUUGCAAGGAAUUGGAAGGCAAGCAACUACAGUACUUGUUGCAGCUGCAGCUUCUACCACAUGUUGUGGUGAUGGAGGAAUUGUCACGACGAUGGCGGGGGAUUCCUCCCAUCACCAACACGCUUCACACUCCCACCCCCUGCACGGCAGCACCAUAAUGGUGGGAAAAAACAAUGAGUUCCACAUUGUAAAGGCGAUGCUAAUUCAGCAUUCAUCAAGGCAACGAGAAAUUGUCUCCAUUCAAGGUAUGGGAGGUAUCGGCAAAACAACAUUAGCUAGACGAGUUUAUGAUGAUCCAUCGAUUGCCUCCCACUUUGACAGGCGAGUUUGGGUUGUUGUAUCACAAUAUCAUAAUAAGUUACAAAUGCUCAAAGAUCUUCUUAAAUCAAUGGGGGGUUGUGUAGUGGAUAGCAGCACUGAAGAGGAUCAGCUAGCUGAACAACUAUACCAAAAUCUGUUGCAUCAAAGAUACUUUGUUGUGAUAGAUGACAUUUGGAGCGUUGAUGCGUGGGAUUCUAUUAAAGCUUGCUUUCCAAAUAAUGCAAAUGGCAGUCGAGUAUUGCUGACUACUCGCUUUGCAAAGGUGGCUACUAGUAUCGGCUCUAAUAAUGAAGAGUGGGAACUAUUGGAGAAAGAGAAUUUCGACCAGCUGAUUUAUUUGGAAAUUGACUUCAGUUGUCACCUAAAGCAAUGGGAAGCAAGUGCUUCUCAUUUUCCAAAUCUUGAGCGCCUAAUCCUUAAAAAGUGUUUGGAUCUGGUAAAGAUUCCAGCUGAGUUUGCAGAAAUUCCAAAUUUGAAAUCAAUCGAAUUGCUGGAUUAUUGUCUUCCUUCUUUGGUGGAUUCUGCCAAGGAAAUUCAAAAAGAGCAACAUGAGCAAGGAAACGAAAAUAUGGUGGUCAUUGAGAAACACAUAAGACUGCUUCGCUCUCGCAAUGAUAAACAUAUUUGAGUUGAUCCAUAUUUCAAUCUAUCAAUGAUAAAAG